AAUAAUGUCACAUAACACACAACUUUCAACCCAAAAAAAAAAAUCUCCAUACCUUUUCUUGAGAUUAGAGAGAACCCUAUCGUUAGAUCUCUCCAUCUCUCUCUCUUUGUUUUGACUUCCACAAACAGAGCAACAUCUUUCUCUUAGUAUUGCUUGAAACUGGAGCAAUCUUUAAGGUUAUAUAGACCAAUAAGAGUGAGAGAAGAUCUAGUCAUAAACAAAUCAAGAAAUUUCUAACUUCGAGGAGGUAACGAAAAGGGUUUAAGAGAAUAAGAAUGGUAGCUUUUUCAGCUUGGCCUUGGGGAAACUUUGGCAAUCUAAAGUAUCUUCUCUACGCUCCGUUAGCUGCACAAGUAGUGUACUCAUGGGCGUACGAACAAGACUACUCGAGGGCUCUUUGGUGUCUUCAUAUCCUCAUCAUCUGUGGACUCAAAGGAUUCCUUCAUGUUCUUUGGAGCGUUUACAACAACAUGCUUUGGGCGUCUCGCACUCUAAGGAUUAACCCUAAUGGCGUCGACUUUAAGCAGAUUGAUCACGAAUGGCACUGGGACAACUACAUACUUCUGCAAGCAAUAAUAGCUAGCAUUAUCUGUUACAUGUCUCUUCCAUUGAUGACGAUUAACAGUAUACCUCUGUGGAACACGAAAGGACUCGUUGCAUUAAUUGUGCUACAUGUGACCUUCUCAGAGCCAUUAUACUACUUUCUUCACAGAACUUUUCAUAGUAACACCUACCUCUUCACGCAUUACCACUCCUUCCAUCACUCAUCUCCUGUGCCACAUCCCAUGACUUCUGGAAAUGCGACGUUACUGGAAAGCCUUAUCCUCUGCGUCGUAGCUGGAGUUCCUUUGGUUGGAUCUUGCUUGCUAGGUGUUGGAUCAUUAGGGUUGAUCUACGGAUAUGCUAUUAUGUUUGAUUUCCUAAGAUGUUUAGGACAUUGUAACGUUGAAAUCUUCUCUCACAAGCUAUUCGAGACACUUCCAAUCCUUCGAUAUCUCAUCUACACUCCAACGUACCAUAGUCUGCAUCAUCAUGAGAUGGGGACCAACUUUUGUCUAUUCAUGCCUAUCUUUGAUGUCUUGGGCAACACACUUAACUCAAACUCGUGGGGACUCCAAAAGAAGAUUCGCUUGUCUGCAGGGGAACGGAAGAGAGUGCCGGAGUUUGUGUUCUUGGCUCACGGGGUAGAUGUGAUGUCGGCGAUGCAUGCUCCGUUUGUGUUCAGAUCGUUUGCUUCAAUGCCAUACACAACGAGGCUCUUCUUGCUGCCCAUGUGGCCAUUCACGUUCAUGGUGAUGUUGGGCAUGUGGGUCUGGUCAAAGACUUUUCUUUUCAGCUUCUAUACCCUCAGGAACAAUCUUUGCCAGACUUGGGGAGUUCCAAGAUUCGGGUUCCAAUACUUUUUACCGAUUGCUAAACAAGGAAUUAACAACCAGAUCGAGAAUGCGAUUCUUAGGGCUGAUAAGAUUGGUGUUAAAGUUAUAAGCUUGGCUGCUUUGAACAAGAACGAAGCUCUAAAUGGUGGUGGGACGUUGUUUGUCAACAAGCAUCCUGACCUUAGAGUUCGUGUGGUCCACGGGAACACAUUAACCGCAGCAGUGAUUCUUAAUGAGAUUCCAAAAGAUGUGAAAGAGGUGUUCUUGACAGGAGCCACUUCUAAGCUGGGAAGAGCCAUCGCUCUCUACCUCUGUCGUCAGGGAGUGAGAGUUCUCAUGUUGACACUAUCGGUGGAAAGAUUCCAAAAGAUUCAGAAAGAAGCUCCUGUUGAGUUCCAGAACUACCUUGUACAAGUGACCAAAUACAACGCUGCUCAAAACUGCAAGACUUGGAUCGUUGGGAAAUGGUUAACGCCAAGGGAGCAGAGCUGGGCUCCUAAAGGAACGCAUUUCCACCAGUUUGUGGUGCCACCAAUCCUCAACUUCAGGAGGAACUGCACUUACGGGGAUCUAGCUGCAAUGAGGCUCCCUGAAGAUGUUCAAGGGCUAGGAACCUGCGAGUACACAAUGGACAGAGGGGUGGUGCAUGCAUGCCAUGCAGGAGGAGUGGUUCAUAUGCUGGAAGGUUGGGAGCAUCAUGAGGUCGGAGCCAUUGACGUUGACCGUAUUGAUUUGGUGUGGGAAGCAGCCAUGAGACACGGCCUUCGCUCUGUUUCUUCACUCACAAGAUGAGUGAGAUGUGCUCUUAAAUUGUUAUCUUUGACUCUCCCAAGAUUGGUCAUUCUUUGUAAAGGUGAAGCAUGCAAGCAGGUUGAAAAAAAUAAGUAGAAUUUUCACCGUAUGUUAUUGUUUCACCUUUUAUUUAAGAUGUAUUUCACUUUAUAACAAUUUCCCUAAAUAGUAUCGACAAAGCUUUUAAUUAUCCAGCCUGAUCACUCCUCUGGUGGUACUUGGUAGUUAGGACAAUGAAAGAACAAAGUGUCUUCAAUGUUCCUGUCCUGUACUCACAUUUGAUUUUAUUAGAGACAAUGUUACUUUGAA